AUGGUGGUCAUCGUCUCCAGCACGCUGGCCAAUUUCCUGUCCGGGAGCCAGCGGAUGCCCUUCCUGGGCUGCGCCCUGCAAAUGCACCUCUUCAGCGCCCUGGGCAGAGCAGCGUGCUUCCUCGUGGCUGCGAUGGCCUACGACCGCUUUGUGGCCAUCUGCAAGCCGCUGCAUUACACACUCGUCGUCGCCAGGCCCCUGUGUCUGCAGAUGCUGGCUCUGGCGUGAGUCAGCGGAUUCGCGCUCUCCUUCACCCUCACCACACCGACAUCCCUCUUACCCUUCGGUCAGUCUCACGAGGUCCAUCAUUUCUUUUGUGACAUCUCCGCUGCGCUGCUCCUGGCCGGACACACGCGGGCCAGUGAGGUCGCAGUCUCCUGCGGGUUCAUGAUCGCUGCCACCCUCAGAAUCCACUCGGCUGAGGGUGGGAGCAAGGCCUUCUCCGCCUGUGCUGGGCGCCCGCUGGGCUCCCUUCUGCACUACGGCUGCACAAUAUUCAUCGACAUUCGCCCCGCGUCGUGCUACGCCCCAGAACAGGACCAAAUUGUGUCCUUCAUCUACGCCGAUGUCACUCCCACGCUCUACCCUAUGAUCUACAGUCUGAGGAACAGGGAAGUCAAGGGGGCCCGCAAGAGCCUCCUGGAGAGCCACAGGCAGACGAGGCUGGCGGUCCAGUGCAAGGGGAGGGGGAAGAGGGGGUCCACGAGCAAGAGCCCAGUGGGUCAUGUCAGCGCAGCCCUCGCAGCUCCGCGCCCCCUCCCGAGGGCUGCGCUGCGGGGCUGCGGGCGCCUGGACCUUCCCGCCCCCUUUCCCGCCGUCACGGGUGGAACAAACCCUGACGCUUUCCGAGACGGAGCAGCUCUGGGGGGUCAGUGA